AUGGCCGAAGAGGACCCGUUCGCUGAGAUGGACGCGAUGCUCGCAGAGCAAGUGCGCCUACGGGUACUCCCGCCGAAGCGAACGGUCCGCGGGGUGCGCGAGUUCUACCUGACGCACAAGUCGAAGGAGGACGACUACGUUGCUGUGGCUCUGUGUUUCGCUGGGAUCGAGGACCAGCCCAAGCUGUAUCGGUACGACCUGGUCGACGCGAUUUUCGAGGGCAAAGAGGCUGGGCUGAAGGCGAGAAUGGCCAAGAUGGACCGCGCGAUGCGCAACACUAUCACGUUGCAGGUGACAAUGUGGAAGCCUCGUAAGCGUCCCCUGGGCUGA